UUUUUUUUUUUUCUCCACAGUUCUCAGACUUGUGCCUCUGCUUUUGAAGAUACCGGCAGCACCUGAAGGACGCUCGGAGCUGAAUGGCAGAGCCUUAGCAGGCAGGCACAGCAAUGGCACGCUCGGCAGACGGCGGCUGCUCCGCACGCAGGGUCUGAUGGUGCUUCCUCAGCACUGCCUUCCGAGAAGGAGCUGCCUGGAAGAGGACGCGGCAUCUCCCUCCCCACUUCUCACCCCAUAGCCCAGCAGGGUGACGGUGCAGAUUUUCCAGCCCGGUUACUCGGCCGCAGGACCGGAGUUCGGUGCGAUCCAGUUCGGGUGUUUGCUGCAGCCCUCUGGCUCUGUUUUCACAGUUUCCGUUCAGCUCAAGCCAGCAUUACCAGGCAUUUCACCUGCACGACUGUCCCCCCUUUAUGGAUUAUUCUGGAUAGGUUGGACAGCGUGGCCUCCAGCACAGCCCAGGACUCCUGCGGAGCUGCGGAGCUCCAGGGGGCGCGGGGUCCUGCGUGACGUCCCAGCAGAAUGGGGUGACUGAGGAUUUUGUGUCACCAAAGUGGGGAAUGUCAAAGAAGAGAAGAAAAGUGAGGAUGGUGCUGUAUGAAGUGUUUGUGAUUCCAUUGCUUUGAUGUUGUGGGCUGGUUUGGGAAGUCUGUGAAUCCAGGAAAGGCCUUCAGUCCAAGAAAGCCGUUGAACCCUGAGAGCAUUUCCUUGAAAUGAGGGGUUGAGACACUUUAGCACAGCCAAGAGCGGGUGAGGAGACCUGAGCACAGCAAAAGGGAGGUAUGUAGUGCUCCCCAUUUUACAGGACGGUCCUGAAGCCUCUUUCUCUUCCUCCCGCAACCACGGCAAUCAUUUCUGUAUUGAAUGCUACCGAAAACAGGAGCUCCUUCCACCCUCUGUGCUCAGCAUCCCUAUGAAGGCAGCUUGACGCAAGCGGUCAAGGACUGCCAAGCUCUUUUCUUCUAACAACGAGGAAGGCUCUGUGGAUGUCAGUGAUGGAAGCAUUAUAGUGCAGGGUAGGAAGCCAGAGAGCUUUGGAGCUCUCUUCAGAUCAGCGGGAUCCCGUUACGUGAGUUGCUUUUCUGCCACGAUCAACUUUCCUUUCAAAAUCUGCUUAAAAUCAGGUUUGCCUCGAGUCUGGAGCAAUAGCUUCCCUGCAGGCCUCACACCAAAUCAAUCAGCCUGGGUUUUCCCAACCUCAACUCCAGGAGAAUGGAGAAGAAUCCUGCCCUUGCCUUUAUUUCUUCAUGGCUCUCAUGAGAACUCGUGAGCACACAGCAGUGUGGUGCCCUUAAACUUGCCUGCAUUCCACUUAUGGCCGUGCUUCUCUUCCCACACUGAGCUCUCCCUACCCCCAUGGCUCGCCGAUCUCAAAGCUCCUCGCAGGGGGACAACCCGCUUGACCCUAACUACCUUCCCCCCCACUACAAGGAGUAUUACCGCCUGGCUCUGGAUAUACUCACCGAAGAGGGCAAAGAAAGUUACGAACGCUUUCUGGCAGAGGAGGCAGCCCCCGAUUUCCUUUGCAACUCGGAGGUGGAUCACAUCUUACAGAACCUUCAGAAGCCCCAGUAUGCCAAUCAGGAAGGUAACACAGACACGGCGGGGGACAACGAUGUGGAUGGAUCCUCCGGGACGUACUGGCCCAUGAACUCAGACCUCGCCGUUCCGGAGCUCGACCUGGGCUGGCCCAUGGUCUUUGGGUUCAGGGGAACAGAAGUAACAACCCUGGUGCAACCGCCGCCCCCCGACAACCCCAGCAUCAAGGAAGAGGCUCGCAGGAUGAUUCGAGCUGCUCAGCAGGUGGUAGCCAUAGUCAUGGACAUUUUCACUGACGUGGAUCUGCUGUUUGAAGUGCUGGAUGCUGCUGCUCGCAGAGUCCCCGUGUACAUCUUGCUCGAUGAAAUGAACUCUCAGCUUUUCCUUGAUACAGCUGCUAAAUGCAGAGUCAAUCUGAACUAUGUGGAGUUCCUAAGGGUGAGAACAGUUUCUGGCCCAACCUACUACUGCCGCACGGGGAUGUCUUUCAAAGGACACGUGAAGGAGAAAUUCCUCCUGGUGGACUGCAUGGUGGUGCUGAGUGGCAACUACAGUUUCAUGUGGUCUUUUGAGAAGAUUCACAGGAGCAUUGCACACAUCUUCCAGGGCGAGCUGGUGGCCAGCUUCGAUGAAGAGUUCCGAAUUUUGUUCGCACAGUCAGAACCUCUCGUUCCUCCAGCCAACGUCUUGGCAAAGGCAGAGAACCCCUUUGCCAUGACUCCCUUCGGCAACAACAUGCCGUUCUUUCCUAAAAAAGCACCCCUCAUGUUCCAGAGGGACGACAACCUUUUUCCCUCCUUCAUGGACAGAGUUGAUCCAGACCGGUACUUCCUGUCCAACUUCCGGCGCGAUGAUUUGUUGCGCCAUACCGUGGAGGGGUCAGCCAUGCGAAUGUACAAAAAGGUGGAGAUGGAGAAUGCUCAGAUGGAUCCCGUCAGGGGUUUUCUCCGUUCCAAGCAGCUGGAGUUGGAUGCUUUUAAGAGACACAGUUUUGCAGAAGGAACGUUUGAAAAUUUUGCUUCUUCUAAGCAAUAUGCCAGGCAGAUGUUCAUGAACAACAUGGACGAAUUUAAAAUCCAGUCCAGUCAUUUUCAGAAGGAUCAGUUCUACCAGUACCAGUUUGAACACCCCCACCUUUCUGGCAGACCCCAGGGAUUCUUUGACAGAAUACGAGGUGGGAGGCCAGGAUUCAAUGAAUUGGAAGAGGGAGGGCCUCUUCCCUAUGGAGAGGGACCCAGAUACCCCGAACUUGAAUCCGGUUUCCCACAGGAGGGUUUCCCCUUAAGGCUGGAUUACGUGCCUUCGAAUUCUUCCAGGGAAGUGAGACAUGGCUCUGAUCAGCUGAACCCUGCAGGCAACGGCCCGAUGGGAAUGAUGCUGAGACGGCAGAAUAUAGGACAGAAGUUUAUUUGCCAGACUUCUCCUACGCAGAAGCAAAGCCUGGAACAGCGCCUGUUCUUACAAGACAAAGACGAGGACCAAGAUCAGGACAAGAACACUCAGGAAAAUAGAACAGGUUUACGCAACUGGAGGAUUUCUUCGUACCUCAGCGCGUACCAGUCGGAACCAGAAGAAGGUCUCCCGAUGCCCAUGGAAUCGGAAGCCUAUAAUGAUGUUCUUGGGGAUCCCCUCGCAAAGCACCCCACUGACCUCAUCCCAGCAUUCAAAUCCCCCGUGUCUUUUAAUAGCAAGUCACUGGGGGUUGAAAACGCCAAAGAAUUUGCGGAUCCUGAAAGAGGAGGUGAAGAAACACCUCUGAUGAAACAAGACGCCUUUAGGUCCAGAAUAAAUCCCUUGAUCCAGAGGAGCUCCAGACUCAGGUCCUCUCUGAUUUUCAACGCUGCCAAGUUAGAUCAGCCUAACGCAACAGUAGAGAAGGUUCAGAUGAUCCACAAGGAACAAGUGUCCAACGAACUGACAAAGGACAAUGAAACCAUAAAGACGGCCACCUCGUCGAAAGUGGCGGAACUUUUAGAGAAGUACAAAGCUGUGGGCAAAGACGCCGAGCGAGCUACAGUCACUCACACCAAAGCCGUUUCCAGUUUUCUCCAGGAGGAAUCACAGAACACGGAGAAGAAAUGUACCAAAUCCGUGCAAUACAAGAUUCUGGAGAGUAGAGUAUUGGAGUCCAAAGACUCCUGCAGUACUUACAAGAUGCACGGAGAGACUGACAGAGCGUUUGGAAUGGCUUCGUCGGCGCCGCAGCUCAUUGAUGCUUUGGGUAAAGAUCCCUUAGCACACCUGGGCGCUAAAGUGGACAAACUGUCAUCUCGGUUUUACCCUAUAGAGAAUAAACCCGCUCUUCCAGAAAAGGAGAGCCUUAUAUUUGUAGGAGAUACUCAGAAAUUGGCUCUUCCAGAAAAGAAGGAACGAGUGACGUUCAAGGAAGACGCUGAAAAAUUGGUCAGUGCAGAACUGAAGAAACCACAGGGGAGGACGGGCACCACAUCAGUCAUCGAAAACCUGUCUAAAGGUCCAGGAUCUGACAGCUCCCUCAAUAAAUCCGAGGAAGAGUGCUCAAAACAGGAACAAAACACGAUGGAGUUUUUAAGGAAAGGAUCCCUGCGGCUGAAGCAGUUUCUGAACCCGAAAGGUGAAAAGAAACUGGAGGAGGAACCCAGUUGCGAGGUCGGAAAGUCUGACAAACAGCCCAUGGGUCUCAAAAGAUCUUCCAUAGGCGACUGUCAGGAAAUGGUGGUGGAGGAAGAAAAAAACCAUAAAUUUGCAACGCCGCUUCCUCCCAAAAGCAGCCAACCGACGCAGGGCCGAUUUCCUUCAUCCACAGCCAACAUUCUGUACAGCAGCAAUCUCCGUGAUGACACCAAGGUGAUUUUGGAACAAAUCUCUGCCAACAGCCAGAAGAACAGAGCUGAACUGGCCAAGCAGCUGCCAUCCACCAGCAAUCCCGACCUUUCUAAGUCAACUAUGAGCUUGGAAAGGAAAGCCGAGAAGGAGAAAAGCUGCAACAUCCACAGGUCGGAGAGCUUUGGGAGCCAGAAGCGAAACGUUCAGCGGCAGCCGUCGGAGGACAGAGACACGCUGCUGAAAAAGAUGGAGAACAUGCGGAAGGAAAAGAGGGUGUACAGCAGGUUUGAGGUCUUCUGCAAAAAGGAUGAGCAUACGAGUCAGAGCGAGGAGGAGUACGACGCGGACGCCAAGGACAAGAAGAUGGGAAAGUUCAUGCCCAAAAUCCUGGGGACCUUCAAGACCAAAAAAUGAUCAUAGGAGCGCUGUUUAAUUCCGUAUCGUCACUGACUGGCAAAGCCGAUGAGGGAGAAACACGUUUAUGACGGCUGCGAAGCUCUUCGAGGUUGGCAAGCGGGAUGUGUUCAGCAUGACUCCUAUGGCACAGAUGGCCCCCUGGAGUCGUGUGGUAACAGGAAACCUUGUUACAGUAUAUUUAAAAUAAAAUUAUUAAAUUGCCAAGA